AUGUCAGCGCCCAAGCCCGUCACUCAAUACUCUGGCAAGCCUGGGUUGGCACCCCCCGACGGGCAAGUCCCGCAGUUUGAUAACCCUCCGAAUCGCGAUACCGAGGCCAUGGUUGGCAUCAUCAUAUGCAUCCUCCUCACGUCGUUUUGUGUCAUCACCCGCGGGACAUAUCUCGUUUCGACGCGACAGAGGUUGACUAUAGGAGACUUCCUCUCCUUCGCAUCAGUAACUCUUUUCUUCGCAUAUAUCGGUAUAUUAUUUUGGUUCAGGGAAGCGUGCGGAUUCUAUGUUCACCAAUGGGACAAACAUCUCGAGGACUUGCCGCUUGUGCUAUACAUCGUCCACAAUGACAGCGUCAUCUAUGAAGCAACAAUGGCCAGCAUAAAAAUCGCAAUCCUUCUCGAAUGGCUUCGUAUUUUCGUACCGACCGGAACCCGCGGCUGGUUUUGGAGAAUUUCCUGGUCAUUGCUGGCCUUGGUCUCCAUGUACUACAUUGGAGCCAUCUUGACGCUCGUCUUCUCGUGUAUCCCCCAUGAGAAGAUAUGGUAUACCACGAUGCCUGGGCGCUGUUCGGAUACUUCAGUGAUAUUCAUCACCAGCGCCUCGAUGAAUCUGGUGUCCGACGUCGUUAUGCUGAUUCUCCCUCAGAAGAAGAUCUGGGGCUUGAAGCUGACGUCAAAGAGAAAGUUUCACAUUUCUUUGGCAUUUUCUAUUGGUCUCGUGGCAUGUGCCUGCGCUGCUGUUCGACUCCAAGCCGGCUACCAUCUCUACCACUCGGAGGACCGUACUUAUUCCAUCUCACCCAUUGCUCUGAUGUGCAUGGCUGAGAUGACGUGUGGUUACCUGAUUUUCAGUCUUCCCUGCGCGCCCAAGGUGUACGGGCCGAAAGGUUGGAUUGGCAAAUUCGUUGUCAGGGCUGGGCUCAUGACGUCGGGCGGCUCUUCAUCUCAAGGCUUGUCUCAAUCGUCCCACUGGCGAAGUAAGAAUCCCAAUUCGUCCAUGAAUGGGUACUAUCAAGUCGACGACACUGUGCAAUUGCAAGCAAUGCCCGCGUCAAGGUCCAACCUCCAUGAUAAGAUGAAUCCAGAGGAAGGCAUUAUUCGCACAACGAGGAUAGAGGCCACUAAUGAGCCAAGAAUAUACGGCACCGGGAUAAACAACGAUCCUCGUUGGUAG